CUCAUCCAUUAAUUUAGAAAGUAGAAUAAAUUUUAACUUAGUCAGUUAAAGUUCGCUUACUCAGUUAAAGUAAAAUAAAAAUAUGGAAGAUAUUAAUGCCAAGAGAAAUGCCAGAAUGAAACGAAUUUUGGAAAAUUCGGAAAAACGUUUAUUAAAAAUCACUGGCAGAGAUAAUAUAUAUGAAUCAAAAGCUCAGACUAUUCAUUCAGAUUUAUCUAGCUUAACUUACAGCGCUGCAACAGACAUACAAAAAGAAACAUCACAUCCAAAUAUAAAUGAUGAAAUGUCAGGUAUUGACAGUAUUUCUAAAUGGACAAAAACUUCAUCAUCCUUAUUACUAACAAAUCGUAUAAAUUACAUAUUAUUGGCGAUUAUUGUCAAUAUACUACUUAUAUUGCAACUGGAUCAUUUAUUUGGAAAGACAAUCACAAUACCAUACUUUCCAAUAAUGUUUGGACGUCUGUAUAAUUAUAAAAAUACACGAGAAAUGCAAGAGAAUAAUCUAUUAUACACUGCUUUGAUUCUGUGUAACAUUAAACCUGAGUUAACUUACCAGUUAAAAAUGUUAGUAACAAUAAGCCAUAUAAUACUUGAAGAUUUAGCUUUAUAUAUUUUUAGUUUCACCCUAAUACAUUAUGGGUUUUCUUAUUACUUACAUAAUAGAGACAUUCCAGUUGCUUUAACUGUGUGA